AUGGGAAGGGUAAAUCUGAGCAAAGGGAUUGAGUUUGAGUUCUUGGGCCUCACCGGUGACCCCCAGCUCCAGAUACCGCUCUUCAUGGUGUCUCUGUUGGGGAAUCUUAUCAUGUUUCUUCUGGUCCAUGGGAGUGCCACCCUGCACACAGCCAUCCUCCUUCUGAAGAGCCCCUCCUUCUUGGAUUUCUGCUACUCCUCCACGGUUGUCCCCCAGACCCUGGUGAACUUCUUGGCCAAGAUGAAGGUGAUCUCCUAUCCUGGGUGCAUGGCUCAGAUGUUCUUCUAUGCAGGUUUCGCCACCAGUGAGUACUAUCUCAUUGCUGCCAUCGCCUAUGACCGAUAUGUCACGAUCUGUAGCCCGCUGUCCUACCCAAUCACCAUGUCUCCUGAGACCUGUACCUCUCUGAUUAUGGACUCCUACGGAGCAGGAUUUCUUAAUUCUCUUGUCCACAGAAGCUGUAUCUUCAGUCUGAAGUUCUGUGGCGCUCACAUAGUCACUCACUUCUUCUGUGAUGGGCCACCCAUCUUGUCUCUGUCUUGUGUGGACACCUCACUGUGUGAGAUUCUGCUCUUCAUUUUUGCUGGUUUCAACCUUCUGAGCUGCACCCUCACCAUCUUCAUCUCCUACUUCUUAAUUCUCAUCACCAUCCUGAGAAUGAAUUCAUCCCAGGGCAGGUUCAAGGUCUUUUCUACUUGUGCUUCCCACCUCACUGCUCUGUGCCUCCUUUACGGAACAACUCUUUUUAUGUACCUGCACCCCAGGUCCAGCUGUGCCCUGACCCAAGACCGCACAGUUGCUGUGAUUUAUCCAGUGGUGAUCCCAAUACUGAACCUCCUUAUCUACUCUUUGAGAAACAAGGAUGUGAAGGAAGCCCUAAGAAAGGUUUGGGGCAGGAAAAUCAUGAAAUGA